CAGACAAGGUCUGCUGACGAGCCUAUGACUACGUUUUAUAAAUGUUGCAAUCCUCCAUGUGGCCACAACUGGCGCGACUAAAGGUACUCGAAUUGUUCAGAUCACACGACGGUAACUCGAACCAAGCUUACAGUUCUGUUUCGAAUACAGCGGAAAGAGAACAACUAUGACUAGAGCAGAUCUGGGUCCAAUGAAGAACAUUUUGGAUAGAGCUAUGGAAGAAAUGAAUCUAUUAGACUCAUCUAAUAAACAUUGGAUCUGUAAAGGAAGAAGAAGCUUAGCAGUGGCGGUUACGUUUUUUCGGAAAAAUAAAAUUAUAGCAAUUCCAACAGAUACGGUAUACGGUCUUGCUAGCGUGUGCGAACCCAGUGCAAUCAAAAGAUUGUACGAAAUAAAGGGACGUAACGAGAACAAACCGUUAUGCAUAUCCGUUGGUAAUGUAACAGAUAUACAAAAAUGGGGUAUUGUAGAUCAUUUACCACAGCAGUUAUUGCCAGAUUUAUUACCCGGACCAUAUACAGUUGUUUUGAAACGAACGCCUGCUGUACAUCCUUCUCUGAAUCCCGGCGUCAAUACCAUAGGCAUAAGAGUUCCAGACUUUCCAUUUAUAAACAAAAUCUCAAAUAUAAUUGGACCAUUAGCGCUAACGAGCGCUAAUCGAAGCAACGAACCGAGUUGUUUGCAUGCUGAAGAAUUCCAAAACUUAUGGCCCGAAUUGGACGGAAUAUUUUACGAUACACGCAGAGCAGGCGAUGCGCGCGACAUAUUCAGAAAAGGUUCCACGAUAGUCGAUUUAUCUUGUCCGAAUCGGUACAAAAUUAUACGCGUUGGAGUCGGGGCACAGUAUUUAAUUGGAACUGUGGAAUGUGCCGGAUUAAAGCCAUAUGAUCCUGAUUAAUUGCAUCGUUGAUGAUUUAUUGUUACUCACGUUACAAUGUCCAAGCGAGACGGGUAUUUUUUAAUAGCAAUAAACAAUUUUACACAACCGAAACUUAUGCAUAUAAUUUUGUAAAUAAUUAAUAAAUCGUCUGAUAAUACCAAUU